AUGCGCUCCAAGCGAUCCACUUGGAAAGUCCUGGGCCUCAGCGCCACGCGGAAGCUGGGCGAGAUCUUCUGGGUCAUCGCCAUCUGCGUCCUCAGCGAGAUCCUCAUCUGGUGCCUCAGUCUUGCCUUGCGGCUAAUCGACAUUCAGUUCCUGUCUGCCAUUGUUGGCAUGGUCAUGGUGUUCGUCUUCAUGCUUGCCCUGAGCAGGUUUUGUGACUCCACUGAGAGGUUCUACAUGACGAGAAUCAAGUCGAAGAUCGACUUCAUCAAUAAGAACCUCGGUGUUGGGUUUCCCGUGCCUAUUGUUGCUAUCAGCAGGGAGGAGUCACUGGGAGCCAAGGGUAUUGGCAAGGUCAUUGGCAACUUUCUCUCAACAAACAUAAUAUUCUGGGUCUUGGUCUUUCUGCUCGCCUGGGCCUUCGUCGCAGGCAUGCUUCAUUUACCUCGGCGACCCUCGCCGCCGUCAGUCUCAGAGCAUGACCCAGCUAGUACUGAAGAGGAGAAGACGCCCUGGUCAUCUACCCAGGCUCAGCCAGUCCAAGUGCCAGUCUCCGAGCAGCCGCCUCGUCUCGAGCUGCCUGCCGACGUGGGAUGCCGUCCCUCCGACACCAUGACCCUUCGAGACUCCAUGAUGGAGUACUUAACCGACGACAGAGAGGAGCUGGGGUCAGAAAUCCAAGCUUCGUCGAACAGCCCCGAGUCUGACGAUCACAAAAUCGACUCUCCAAAGCCUGAAUGCCCGAUAGUGACCAGAGAGUCACCAGAUCAGCAGUCACCUUAUCCAUGGACGGCCCCAACUGAACAGCAUCGAGAGCAUGUAGGUCAGCAGUGGCUUGUUGCUUUCCAGAGAAGCUACUCUGUCCUGCUCCCAGCAGUUUUUCUGGUUGUUCUCGGUAUUCCGGUCUCCCUCGCAACCGGCGACAACCGUAUCCUUGAUGGCUGCAUGCUCUGGUUCGUAUGGGUCAGUGCCGGCAAGCUGCAGAUGGUCCUGUCCGACGAGAACCUGCUCUCUCGGACGCCUCGAAUGCCCGCGGCAGUGAUGCUCGUGCUCACAACUCUCAUGAACCCCGUUCUCAUAACCAUUUUGCUCAUGAUGGCAUACACUCGUGCCAAAGCCGCCGCCACAUCCACGCCUCUCUUCGACCUUCUAGGCGAGUUUUCUUCCGGAACCAACCUUUCGGACCUCUGGUCACACAUUGUUGGUCAGUAUAGGCUAAACCAACAUCAGCCCAAUCACUUCGGUGCUGGCGACGGCGCUCUUGCCAUUCUUGAGUGCGGUAUCGUCGUCUGGGGUUUCAAGCUGUACGAAUGUCGCGCGCAGUUAGCCUCGCGUGCAGGACUCGCCGUGUGUAUCGUCUCCGCCGUAUCGGCUGCUAUCAAUGUCUUCGUCUCAACACUUCUCGCCAAGGCCUUCGGCCUCGCACCCCCCGAGGCCUUGGCUUUUGCAGCGCGGUGCACAACACUUGCGCUAGCUCGUCCAGCAAUGGAUUCCCUCGGCGGCAACCAGGUCAUCAAUGCGGCCCUAGUCGUCAGCAAUGGCAUAUUCGGCCAGCUGUUGUAUCCAUACGCGCUGAAGCGCCUCGGCAUUCCCGCGGAUGAGCCCAACAGCACGAAUCUUGAAACAGUCGACUCCAAUACGGACGGCGCGCGCACUAUCGCCGCGGGCACAGCCAUUGGCAUCAACGGCGCAGCUAUGGGGGUUUCCUACCUUUAUCAGCGGAGGAGCCGCGCGGCGCCGUACUCCGUUCUUUCCAUGACGGUCUUUGGGGUCAUGACAGUGGUCUUCACAGGUGUCCAGCCUUCUGUUAAGACUUUGAAGGCUCUGGUUGCAUAA